AUGGGAUCGUCGAUAGAAACCGACCUGCUUCCACACUGGUGUAAUAGUAAAUUUAUUGGAGCUUCCUUGUGUGUUGUUGUCUCUUUCAAGGAUUAUGAAGGUCAACAUGCCAAUCGUUUAUCUGUAAGAUGCAAGUGCAGUUUCAAAAAUCAAAACGGCCAGUCUAUCAGCUUUACUUUCAGUCUUGGAGGAUGGAACGAGUCGUGCGGAUCAUCUUGCCAUGAACCACGCAAACUUGACGCUAAUCAUGUGUUCAUUAGUUAUAACACCUGUAAUGUGCCAGUAUUCAAAUGGAGUGAAGAGAGUAAUAAUAGAUGCAAUUCCACUAGUGCCUCCUUUGAAUUCUACCUUACAGAUGAAACUGAAAGGAAACUAGAAGGCUUUAAGGUGAUGAGGUGUGGAAUGAGUUUGCUAUAUGCUCCAGAUGAGAAUGACCGUGGAAUUCAGGGAAAAAGGGUUACAGAAAUUGUUGAGAAUACAUCGAGUAAGGCCUUUGUGCCUGUGCGAGGUCGGUCCCAUUCACAGGUUGAAGAAAGAAGGAAUGGUACAAUAAGAGAUAAAUUCCCUUGUGAGUGUUUACUCCAUAUGGAACGGACCACCUGCCUCGGAGUUAAGGAAAGCUUUUAA